CCCUGGCCUCCGCCCUAACCGGUGGCGGCCCGCACGCUCGACAGAACCCGGACGACGUCCGUGUUUCACGAAAACACACACUCCCAGGCCAGCACACGCCAAUGAUGCUGCCCAGCCUGGUGGUCGUGCUCGCCGGUUCCUCCUCCACGCCACAGAGGCGGCGGCUCGACGUGCUAUUCGAAGUGCUCUCGCGCACGCACGGCGGCCCUAGCUUCAUCAGCCGCUCAGACCUGCUCCUGCUGCGCGCGGCAGCGGCCCGGCGCUUCGAGGCUGCCCCACGCGAGGGCGAAGAGGCGCGUUUUACGGACGCGUGCGAGUGGGUCAUGAGCCAGCUGGAUGAUCCCCACGCCAGCUUCCUCCCGCCCGAACGCGCCGAGGCCUUGAGCAGCCGCUACCACGGCCAGCUCGACCUCGGCGUGCGCACAACCCACGAACCGCUCGAGAGCCGGGCAAAGGGCGGGUGGCGCGCCCUGCGGCUGCCGCCGCGCAAGGCGCAGCCGCAGGCCGUGCGCACCAUCGUCAGUGCCGUGGCCGAGCGCUCUCCGGCAGCGCUCGCGGGCUUGCGCGUCGGCGACGAGGUGCUCGAGGUGGCGGGGAAGGCUUUGGCAGCGAGCGGCGGCCCGGAGGCGGACGCGCUGCUGCAGGCGGAAGAGAACGAGCGCGUGCCGAUGCUGGUCCGACGCGCGGGCUGCCGCGCCCCCAUCCACCUCUCCCUGCGGUGCGCGCUGCUCCCUCCUCCCUCCGUCUCCUCGCGCACCGUGCGGCUGCCUGCGCGCGCAGCCGCCUCUGCCGCCCCGGGGCAGCCGGGCGGGCGCAGCGAGGGAGGGGGGCACGCUGCCGUCCUGCGCAUCCACCAUUUCGGCGCGGGCACUGCCGCCGAGCUCUGCAGCGAGCUGCGCAAGCUGCGCGCGCGAGUGGACGGCAGCGGCAGCGGCGGAGGCGGCGCGGGCGAGCCUGUGCGCGGCGGUGACAGCGGCAGCGACGGCGCCGGUGCGCUAGACCUGCCACUAGACCUGCGGGCCGUGCUCUUCGACUUGCGCGACAACGACGGCGGGUUGUUGUCCGCGUCGGUGGCGAGUGCUCGCAGCUUGCUCCCGCGAGGCGCCCACGUCCUCUCCCUCCAAAAGAGGCGGCGCGGCUCUCUGCGGACAGUGCGCUCCUUCCGCCGCCGCUGGUACCACCGCGCCUCCCCUCUCGGCUCGUGCCGGCGGGGUGGCGGCCGCCCUGCCUUGCCCGACGGCACGGCGGGGGGCGCCCUCGGCAGCGGGUCCUUCGGCUGCGGGGUCCCCGUCAUCGUGCUCGUCAACCAGCAGCAGACGGCGUCCGCCGCCGAGAUCUUCGCGGCGGCGCUCGCGCAUGCGGGCAACGCGCUCGUCCUCGGCACGCAGACCUUCGGCAAGGGCACCUCGCAGGCGUUCGUCCACCUCCCGGGUGGCCACGGCCUCACCUUCACGGUCUACUCGCUCGCCGCCGGCGCGGCGAGCGCGUCGCACCCCCUGAACGACGGCGUCGCGCCGCACGUACGCUGGCAGUGGUGGUCCGCCGUGAGCACCGCCACGGCAGCCGCGGACCGCGAGAUCGCGCUCGCCGCCGACGCGGCACUGCGCGCAACCUCUUGCUCAGCGGCAGCGUGAUCGCUCAUCUCAGUCUCUCUUCUCCGCUCCUACAACACCGCGCUAUGAACUAGAUGUUCUGCGCGCUCUCCGCCAUUAUUCGUGCGGUAUUGAUGCUCACGCUGAGAAAAAAUCUG